AGGGGAGCUGAGGAGGGGGCGAGGGCGGCGCGGUGAGGUGAGGAGGAAUCGCGGUGCGAGGAAUUAGGUUAAUACUAAAACAGCUGAGAAAUGGCCACACGCUUCAGAUCGGCUGGUAAGAAAUGUACAGUGAUCGGUGGCUCCGGAUUCUUAGGCCGGCACAUGGUAGAGAAGCUGCUGGACAAGGGUUACUCAGUCAAUGUGUUUGAUAUUCAGAAGGGAUUUGACAAUGACAGAGUGCAGUUUUUCCUGGGAGACCUUUGCAACAAAGAGGCCUUACUCCCAGCUUUACAAGAUGUUUCAGUAGCAUUUCAUUGUGCAUCGCCAGCACCUUCAAGUGACAACAGGGAGUUAUUUUAUAAGGUGAAUUUUAUGGGAACCAAAGCAGUCAUUGAAGCCUGCAAAGAAGCUGGAGUGCAGAAAUUGGUGUUGACUAGCAGUGCCAGUGUUGUUUUUGAGGGGACAGACAUAAAAAAUGGAACAGAAGACCUCCCUUAUGCAAAAAGACCUAUCGACUAUUACACGGAGACAAAGAUCCUACAGGAGAAGGAAGUGCUGAGUGCAAAUGACCCAGACAACAACUUCUUCACUACUGCUAUUCGCCCACAUGGAAUAUUUGGCCCUAGAGACCCUCAGCUGGUUCCCAUCCUCAUCCAAACAGCUAAGAGUGGCAAAAUGAAGUUCAUAAUUGGGGAUGGGAAGAAUUUAGUAGAUUUUACCUAUGUGGAAAAUGUGGUCCAUGGACAUAUCCUGGCUGCAGAACACCUUCAGAAAGACUCUCCUGUGUGUGGGAAGGCAUUUCAUAUCACAAAUGAUGAACCAAUCCCUUUCUGGGCUUUCAUGUCCCGUAUCUUGACUGGCUUGAACUACGAUGCACCCAAGUACUAUAUUCCUUACUGGCUGGCAUAUUACCUGGCCAUGUUCUUGUCUCUAGUGUUGUGGCUGUUAAGUCCACUGGUGACCAUCAAGCUCACUUUUACCCCCAUGCGGGUGGCAUUGGCUGGAACAUUUCACUACUAUAGCUGCGAGCGGGCCAAGAGGGACCUGGGCUACAAGCCAGUGGUGAGCUUGGAUGAAGCAAUAGACAGGACUCUCCGGAGUUACCCCCACCUACGCCGUGCUAAGGCCUGAGAAGUCCUGGAUGGAUUUCAUUUCUACUUGAUUUUCUUAAUUGUUUUGACAUCUUAACGUGAUCACUGAAGCAAAUUCCACUAGUUCUGUGAAGCUGAGUUUGCCCGAGUCAUUCCUCCUCAUCACUAUUACCAAAACAAAUUUCUCUAGAUUGGAAAAAACUUCAUGUAGUAGCAGUCUAACAGUUCUUUCUUCUGAUGUGAUUUGUUGUUCCAAAGCAGCUGCCUAACCCUAAGGAGUACGAAUUAACGCCCUGCUGUGUCCUCUUCAGUCCCAGCCCCAUGCAUCAGCAUUCCUUCAUCUUUCCUCUCCACCCUUGUCCUGUGUUUUGUUGCUCUGGUGAUAACGGCCAGCUCUUACAACUACAGAUCCAUUGAUGAAAUACUUGACAACUGAUUCCUCUCCGUGGUUUGGCUUUUUCAGUACAAGAGUGAUGAAAUAGAGACUCACACCAAAAAGAAUCUCUGCCACUAUUUUUUCUUUUUGAACUGUUGAGAUUGACUUUAUUAUUCUGAUGCUGCUUUUAGAUUUUACUGUGAUUGAUGGCUUGACUUGGUCUCUUACUGAGGAAUUGGUAGGAAUUGAGAUGAGAAAAGGCACACUGGGCUUCAUGUAAGGAAGCAUGAGCCUUUACUUCUACUGGAGCUUGGUUCUAUUCGAAAAGAAUACAAAUAAAAUAGGAGAAAUUCCAAA